GUCGCCUGCCUAGGGACCCAAGACUAGUCGCCCUAGUUGACGAUUAGUCACUCAGGUCGGCCAACUAGCUCCUCUAGUUGAGUCAUUCCGUGCAGUCGUUACCCAUGUGCUGACUGGAUGACUAAUCAUGGAUUAAGCAAUGACUUUAAAACAUUGGUUAAGUCUACCAAUCAAUUCAGCUUGAAAAUGUAUUGAAAUUUGAACCAUGGAAGCGGUUGUGGAAAUCUUGGGCGCCUCUGGGGUGCAAAAUUUUCCUAUGAUUAGCCAUCAAGAACAGGUGCUGGACUGCGGAUUGUCUUGCUCGUCGGGGUUUACCUCAUCCACCUUGAUGCCCUUUAUGCGAUCAGGAAGAGGAGACAAUUCAACAUUUGCUCACUUUCUGUGUGUUCUCUCGGCAAGUUUGGUUCCAGGUCUUGGCCAAAAUUGGUUUGCAACAGCUCACUCCCCAACCGUCUGAUCUUUGCUUCAGCAUCUGGUGGCGAACAGCGACGUCUCAAGCUCCAAAAGAACAUCGCCAUGGGCUAAACUCAUGGAUCAUCCUCUCAGCUUGGUGUAUUUAGAAACAUAGAAACAAAUGCGCUUUUCAUGGUCGAGUGCUGGAAGAGCAACGGCUGGAGGGUGCGAUUUGGAACGAGUCUGUGCUUUGGACCGUGGCUAGCGCGAGGGGUCAUAGCUGCUAUAUCAUAUCAGAUAGUGCCAGCUGACACUCAGUAUGCUGAAAUACCUCUGGUAGUUGUGAGAUCAUCUUAUCAACGUGUGGGUAUUGGUCAGCUCUUGUAUAAGGAACUAUACCAGAGGCUUCAAAAUGUUGGUGUCACAACAAUAUUCUGCUGGGCAGAUAAGGUCUCUGAAGGAUUUUGGCUUAAACAGGGUUUCCUAUCUGUUGGAGAAGUGGAUACUAAAGGUAAGAUUCGAAGGAUUCCAGUAAGGGAUGAUAUCAAGAGAGCAUUAUGCUUUCCUGGAGGUUCAACACUUAUGGUUGCACAUCUUAAGAAGGAAUUGCCAACUCUGCAAAAGAUUUCAUGGGAGAAACCACGAACAUCUCCACUCUACACUGUAGCACCAGAUAGCAUCUCUCCUGGUGAUACUGUAGUUCCCUCGUGUGAAAAUAUUGUCCUUAAAACACUUAAACGCCGUAAUGUCAGAAAGACUGCAAAGGUGGCAAGAAGUGAAGCUCACACUGAUUGUAGUGAAAGUUCAUUGUCUGAGCAACAGCCAAAGAAACGUAUAUAUGAAAUGUCAUCAUCAUCACUGAAGUCAAAAAGAAUAAGAUGUAGCAAUGAUGUCGACCAUUGCCAAGACAUGAAUCAAAAUGGUGUACAUGACAGUUACCUGUGUGAUACCCCUGAAUGUGGAAAUUCAGUACAUCCAAUUCCUAACGAGCUUCCUACUCCUAGCAUGGGAUCUCAUUUUGAAAUCAAAAUAUCAGGAGAUGACAAGGUCAUUGCCAGUUCUAAUGGAAGCCCUAAAAUCAUGCUCAUGAAUAUUGCAGAUGAACAAAAGAAGGCACGCCUUACAGAGGUAGUUGAAAUGCUUGGGGGAUUUGUUACUUGCGAAGGACAUUCAUGCACACAUAUUGUUACUGGAAAAGCUCGCAGGACUAUGAAUUUCUGUGUUGCUUUGUCCUCUGGAGCUUGGAUAGUUUCCCCAAACUGGCUAAAAGAAAGCUUCAGGAAAGGGAAGUUUGUAGGAGAAGCACAAUAUGUUCUGGAAGAUGAAGAAUAUAGGAUGCAGUACAAGUCUGAGCUGAGAAAUGCAGUUAUGACAGCUAAAGAAAGGCCUUGCUCCUUAUUUUCUGGCUACACUUUCUGUCUGUCUAAGUACAUCCAGCCCUCUUUUGAUGUUCUCUCAUCCAUUAUCAAAUCUACCGGAGGCAAGAUCAUAAAAAAAUUGAGUGAGUCAGAUGACCCAUCCAAGACGAUCUUCUUGGUGUGUGAAGAGGAGACGGAACUUGCAUUGGUUGCGGCAAAAAGUGGCAUCAAAACAUUCGCCAGUGAUUGGUUCAUGAGCUGUGUCAUGAAGCAGGAACUUGACCUCGAGGCGCCUCAGUUUACUGUAUCUCUCUGAUGUGCCAUCAGUAAAAGCCUCACUUCUGCUAAGAUAUCUCCUUCGCUCAGAACAGUAAAAUCCUCCCUUGCUUUUGUCACAGAUUAACACUCCUGUGUAAAUAUAGCCAUUCCCUUAUCUCCCUAAUUAGUCGUUCCAAAAUAGAAAGUAAUACAUAGUAAUGGUCCUGUGAAAAUUAUAGCUGGCUUUUAAUCUAGAAGUUCUGCAGGAACCAUUCCAAUUUCUACAGUUUUUAUUUUAUGAAACCUCGGCGCUCAAAAACUGCAUUAGUAUAAAUUUGAUCUGAUAUUGCUUUCAUA